AUGGCGCGCGCUCUCGAGAGACUGAAACAGAUACAAGAAACAAUAUCACAGCCAUCCCUUGCUGAGGGGACAGAUGCACUUAAGGAGUCAUCAGGGAAUCUAUGGAAACCGAGAGACCGGCCCUUUGAUUCAGCUCCUCCAGUCAAGGUGAUCAUUGUCGGCGCCGGCAUUGCUGGUAUUGCUGCAUCUAUUCUAAUCCCUCGGAAAGUCAAAAAUCUGUCUUACAAGGUCUUUGAGAAACAAGAUGCCGUCGGUGGUACUUGGGCGCAAAAUCGCUAUCCUGGAGUGAGGUGUGACAUCCCAUCUCACAGUUAUCAAUUCACCUUUGCUCCAAACACUCACUGGUCAGAAUAUUAUUCGUCCGGAGCCGAGAUACAACAGUACUAUGAAAGGCUCGUGAAAGAGUUCGGAGUCCAGGAAUAUCUGAAUCUCAAACAUGAGAUUUUGUCUGCUAUUUGGUCAGACGACAUUAAGCAAUGGGUCGUCGAAGUGCAGAAUUUGGCCACCGGAGAGAUCUUCACUGAAACGUCGGACUUUUUCAUCACAGCCGCUGGAAGGAUCAGUGUUCCCAAAUACCCAAAGAUACCAGGCCUGGAAAGCCUUUAUAAAGGAACUGUGGCCCAUACCGCAGAGUGGACAGAUGGGCUUACAAAGAGCCUAAGCGGUAAACGGGUAGCGGUAAUAGGCAACGGGGCCAGCGGACAGCAGAUUAUAGUCAAUAUAUUGGACGAUGUCGCGCACAUUGAUCACUAUGUAAGGUCGAGACAAUGGACCGUCUCAUCAUUCAAUCCAAGUCUCGUCCCCGCCAAAACCGACUUACCCGGAGCACAUAUCUACACUGAUGAAGAGAAGAAAACAUUCCACAACGAUCCGCAGGCAUAUCUGGAGUAUCGCCGGGAAUUAGAGAAAUCCUUCCACGGAAGAUAUGAAGGAACCAUUUCUGGAAGCAAGGCAAAUGAUCAGAUACGGCAACUGUAUGAGGAGGAGUUAUUGGUUCGACUAGGUGGUGAUAGGUCCUGGUUCGACCGCCUAGUCCCCGACUUUGCGCCUGGAUGUAAACGACCGAUUCCUUCCGCGGGAUAUAUCGACGCCGUUCGGGAUCCAAAGGUUGACUACGUGGAUAACGCAAAGAUCACACAUGCUACCGCAACAGGACUAGUUACUGAAGAUGGAAAAGAGAGGCUUGUGGAUAUUGUCAUCGUAGCCACUGGUUUUGAAAAUGGUUAUCGGCCAUUAUUUGCCACAAUUGGAAAGAAUGGGGUAGACUUGAACAAACUCUGGGCCGAAGAUGGUCCGAUCGGAUAUCCUAAGACAUACUUUGGUGUCAUGGCUCCCAACGUUCCGAAUUACUUUGCAGUUGUUCAGGCAAAUUCCAACGGCCAGGGUGGUACAUUCCCUCUUCAAACAGAGAUUUCUGCUACGUAUAUAUCAAAGGUUAUUCGAAAAGUUCAGAGUCAAGGGUAUCGUGCUAUAUACCCAUCGCAGGAGGCAACGGAUGACUUCAAUGAAAUAAUAACUGGGUUUUUCGACAACAAGGUGAUAAGUGAUAAUUGUGAUGGUUGGUGGAAAAGCGGAUUUGGAAAAUCCCGACCGUUGCUCGCGUGGCCCGGGACUGGUCAUCACCGGUUUGAUAUCAGUCGAGAGCCACGGUGGGAGGACUUUAUCUUUGAGAGAUCCGAAGAGGCGAAGAGGAACAGGUUUGAGUACUUUGGCAAUGGAUGGACCGAGCGUGAGAAGAGUGGUGGCGACGCUUCGCUAACGAGUUAUCUGAAAGAAGUCGGGAGGAUUGACAUUGCGACUCUGCAUGAAAACUGGAAUGAUUGA